AUGGCGGAGCAACCUCAACCUCACAAUCUCAGCAGCAUGUCAAUACAAUUUCGUAGCGCUGUGGAUGGUCUGACAAAUGAAUGGGGAUAUAUCAUUGUGCGUACCGAUUACGCCACUGAAAUCGACGAAGCACAGUGGACGGCCGCCUUGGAGAAGCUACGAGCCUAUGCUGGUCCACACCCAAACGACACCGCACAGGAGAGCAGAACCCUUGCGCUACCCGUCAUAGCCGACAACAAAAUCCUCUGCGACGCCGACUAUGCCACCUUGCGCAAGGCUUUCAACGGCUGGGUAGACGAUUACAGUGGUCAAGACAAGAAGUGGCCGUCCGACAUUCGCGACGAUUGCUUCAUCGUCAUUGAUAAGCUUGCGCUGGACUCGUUGCUCAACGCGCCAGACAAUGUUCCCGGUGAGGUUCUAAAAUUUCAGAACCCCGACAUGGAGCCGUGGGUUGUCAUAGUCGACUCCGAAGAUCCGGCGAGCUUUUAUUACAAUGGAGGAGGCCCGUAUAUGGGCUUCACGAGGGUGAAUACAUACGGCGGCCUGGGCGAACUGUUUCUCGAUCUAUCAUGCGAUCUGUCUCUGGAAGAGAAGACUCCUAUCGGAAGAUAUGAUGGCCAAAUCCCACUUUUCGACGGUACUCCGAAGGGCAAGCUGGUCGAUCCCGCUGGAGGAGUGGAGGAACGUCACAAGUUUCCCUAUGCUACGCCGGAGGGACCCGAAGGUGCACAGGCCAUGUUGGACCAGAUCAACCAAGCUUUGGGUACAUCAUAUACUUUGCGUGACGACUCCGACUCCGACUAG